GGCGAUGGAUCUCAAUCUCGAUGCGCCUCACUCCAUGGGAACGACCAUCAUCGGCGUCACUUACAAUGGAGGUGUCGUCCUCGGAGCCGACUCACGUACCAGCACCGGGAUGUAUGUAGCGAAUCGAGCUUCUGAUAAGAUCACACAACUCACAGAUAAUGUCUACGUCUGCCGCUCUGGAUCGGCUGCUGAUUCUCAGGUUGUCUCUGACUACGUCCGUUACUUCCUUCACCAGCAUACAAUUCAGCUCGGACAACCUGCAACUGUAAAGGUUUCUGCCAACCUUAUUAGGAUGCUCGCAUAUAAUAACAAGAACAUGCUCCAAACUGGUCUCAUCGUUGGAGGAUGGGAUAAGUAUGAGGGUGGGAAGAUCUACGGGAUCCCACUUGGUGGAACUGUAGUCGAGCAACCGUUUGCCAUCGGAGGCUCUGGUUCGAGCUAUCUUUACGGGUUCUUCGAUCAGGCCUGGAAAGAAGACAUGACCAAAGAAGAAGCCGAGCAACUUGUUGUGAAGGCGGUUUCACUAGCCAUCGCCCGUGAUGGAGCCAGUGGUGGUGUCGUACGGACUGUCAUAAUCAACUCAGAGGGAGUCACGAGAAACUUCUACCCUGGCGAUAAGUUGCAGCUUUGGCACGAGGAAUUGGAGCCCCAAAACUCACUCUUAGACAUCCUAAACGCUGCUGGUCCUGAACCAAUGGCCAUUAGACUCAGUCGUAGGAACUGGACGGAGUCGGAGAGACAGAGUGAGAUGAGUAUGUUGUCAAGGAAAGCUGGUCAUGAUCUCUUUGUCUAUGGCAGUCUCCAGGAGCCCGAAGUCGUUCACGUGCUUCUUAAUCGCGUCCCUGACCGUGUCUCCGCCGUCCUCUCCGGCUUUCACAGGUUUAGACUCACAGGUCGUGUUUAUCCAACAAUUCUACCGGACGGUACCGGAGAAGUCACCGGAAAGGUGCUUAAGGGAAUAACAGAUAAUGAACUGAAAAUGUUAGAUGAGUUUGAGGAUGUUGAAUAUGACAGAAAGGCUGUUGAAGUGGUGCUGACGGAUACUUCAGAGAAGCUGCAAGUCGAAACAUAUGUAUGGAAGAACAAAGAUGAUCCGGAUCUUUAUGGAGAAUGGGAUUUUGAGGAAUGGAAACGAAAUGACAAGGAAGAUUUUGUAACAGCGACCAAGAAAUUUCUGGAAGAUAGGAGAUUACCAGAAGCUAAAACGAGGAUGGACACAUUCAAAACAUUCUUUAAGCAGGAUCUUGAGAAUGCGAAACCUCUGGACUCUUGAUGAUUCACUCUCUGAUCUUAAUUGCUGUGACUUUUGGUACUUGCACUUAUAUUAAAGUGAUUGACAAUGCUUCACUUGAAAUAAGACUUGUGGAACAAUGCUUCUUGGGAAAUUAUAAAGAAACAGAAUUUUCAUGA